CCCCGCCGCGUCCGUGAGCGGCGUGACGCACACCUCGCGCCCCUGGAAAACGGCCCCGGAAAGCAACUGCGCCACCUCAACGCUUCCCGCAUCCUCAAACUCAACCACCGCGCAGUAACCCGUCGCACUCGCCGGCUCUUCGAGCCCAACGACGCUUACAACCCUGCCGCAAUAGACCAGCAAGCCCUCCACGUCCCGUGCCGUUGCACUGGCAGUCAGGCCGUCCAGCCUCACACGCGAGAUUCCGGGCAUGAAGUACGCUUCCGUGCCCAACGCACGCCCUCUCCGCCUCAGUGGUGUGGUGGCUGCCACUUUUGCCUCUGCGGCCCCUCUCCUCCGCUCCACCUGUGA